UCAGUAUCGUCGCCAUUCCCUGUUCCCUUUGAAGAGCUGAUGACUUUUUUUCCAGAACGUCUGAAACCAGAAUCUGAUACAGUAAAAUCAGGACGUGUCAAUUUUUUUUCGCAUUUGACUCCUGUUGUCACUAACUUAUUUCAGAACAAGUUAUCAUCUCUACAUGAACAGCUCAUCCCUGAGAAAGACGAGAACGUCUGGGUAAAGCGAGGCAAAGACGAUGAUAAACAGACAAAAGCCAACCCAGGAAAAGAAAACAUAGAUUCCUAUCAUCGACCAGUAAAUGGAAUAAAUGCAAGCAAUAUAAGCGAGCAAGACGGAGAUUACACCACACCAGGGAAUGAAGCAGGCAAUAAUGAAAAUGAACGAACAUUGCAAAAUGAAAAGCUUGCAAAGGAACUGCAGGCAAACAAGGAAAGUGAAAAGGACGAGUCUACCUUGAUAUCAAAACAAGAACAGAAACUAAAAACAUCCAAAGAAGAAGAAGAAGAAAGACAAACCGAGAAAGUUAAAGAACCGGGCGAUGAAGACAGAGAAAAACAAAAGCAAAUUGAAAACGCAAGAGAAGAAGAAGAAAGACGAAAGGAAAUAAAGCAGGAAGAACAGAAGAAGAGAGAACAAGAAGAACAAGAAAUACUACAGCAACAGUUGGACAUAGAGAAAGAAAAGGAAAGGCAAAAACAAUUGGAAAAACAGAAACAAUUGGAAAUAGAAAAGAAAAAAGAACAAGAAAAGCAAAGAAGGUUAGAAAAAGCCAAAGAAGAACGAGAAAAAACACAGAAAAUUGAGAAAGAAAAAGAAAGAGAAAGAGAAAAACUACAACAAUUAGAAAACCAGAAGCAGCAUAAAUUGGAAAUAGAAAAGGAGAAGGAAAGAGAAAAGGAAAAGCAAAGAAAAUUAGAAAAAAGCAGAGAAGAACGAGAAAAAUCUCGCGAAAUGGAAAGAGAAAAACAGCAAUUAGAAAAAGAGAGGAAGCAAGAAUUAGAAUUACAAAAAGAGAAUCAACGAGAUAAACAAAGAGAAUUAGAAAAAGCCAAAGACGAAGAAAGACUUAAGCAAGACCAAAGGGAAAUCGAAAAGACAAAAGAAACCGAGAAAGAAAAAGAACGACUGAAACAAAAAGACUUGCCAAAGGAAAGGGAGAAACUUGACAAGAAAGAUGAUAGCAAAGACAAAAAAGACAAACCAAAGAUGGAGAAGCGCGGUUCAUCUAGUUCACUCAUGGCGCAGACCAAGUCAUCGUGGAGAAAGUCUCUUGGUUUUAGUGGUUUUAAGUCCAAAGAGAAGAAAGAAGAUAAGCGUGAACCGUUUGCUAAUACUUUACGCACUUCUGACUUCCCCAAGAAAUCUGAGAAAGUGCUGUUUCGUGAUAAAAGAGGUAAAGUGUCAGCAGAAGAAAGAAGAUCAAAGUCAAAAUCUCUCGGUGACUUGGAGGCAAGGUUAAAGCCACUACGAGAAGAAAUCCAUCUCGAUCAGUCGUCUACGCGUGGUCUGUCUACAGAGGAUAUCCCUACAGACAGUCAGGCUGGUGCAUCCCUCCCUCCACCAUUCACCGAUAGGCGGUCACCCGUGGGUAAAGAUGGAGAAGGGAAGAACGUCAGUAAAUUCCAGAUCUACCAAGAUGCUGUCAAUCAACUUAACCAGGCCAUUAAAAGCAUAACUGACUUACAUGCCCAGGUUCUUGAAGAAGACAAUUCGGACGAUAAAGAAGAGAUGUUGGCUCUUCUCACAAACACCUUUACUGACACUGAAGAGCAUUGCAAACAACUACGCAUGCGCUCAACGGAGGUUUUUAAACCUCGAAACCGGUCAAUGGCCAGCAAUUUUAGCUUCUCAAUGAAUAAUCUGGAUACACUGGCGACCAGCAGUCAGCCGGCCAUGCACAGGCGUGCAUCUGAAGCCAGUGUACCAACCGCUGUAGAGCAGGAAGACGCAUCACGGGACCUAUUAAUGCGCUAUUCUGAUAUACUAGUUGAAAUGGUCAAACAAAAGCUAUCUACGUGACGUCGAUGAAUGCCUCACUUAAAACGUGUUUUAAAGAUUAUUUAUUAGAUUUAUGCCAAAUAAUUUUAUUGUUUGGUGUUUCCAGGGUGCAAUAGUUUCGCAUAUAAAUAGUUCAUUUGUAGAAAAUAUUUAUAACGAUGAAAAACAGGUUAUUUAAGUAUCAGCAACCAAUUGCUGCCUGGACUACAUCCAUGGCCUUCCUUCCAUCCAUGGUUUUGAUGGUAGUCAUGGUAGUCAUCAUCCAUUUUCCAGGCAGACGUGUCUAGUCUUUUCCUGAUCUGAAUCUAUUCCUGGCCUUUCCCUGGCCUGUUUCCAUUGCGGCUUCUCCGGCAUGACGUCCAUGUUUGCAUGAAAACCAUAGACACUACUAUUAGCCAAUAAAUUGCAUGCUAUUUUUAAGGACAUAAUUGCUAGAGUAUACUAGCCUAUGACAACCAGACGGUCGAUCACGACCUGACCUGUCAUUGUCUGUUCAGUGUUGUUGUUUUGUACCAGACGGUGUUCACAAAGGUCAUCAGCACUCAUUCCCAAUCAAUCGACCGUCAAUAUAGUAUUUGUAUAUUUGAAUUCUAUAUAAUAUAUUUUGAAUAAUAUUUGAGAUUUGAUUAUGAAUUGAUAUAUUUUGUGAAUAGUAAUUUGGGCAAUGUUUUUGCCAAUAUUUCUACAAUACUUAGUGACCUUUUCAAAAUUUUCUACCUUUUUCUACUAUUGUUGAUAAUAUCUUUGAGAUAAGGAAAUAAAUGGAUGAUCAAUUUU